GAGCUCUCUCUGCGGUUGCGGGCUGCGGCCCGGCCCGAGCUGCUCCGCCGCCGCGCCGGGCCGCCCGGACGCCGGUUCCCGAGCCCAUGGGGCGGCCGUGGGCGUCCGCCACGCAGGCGGCCGAGCAGGCGGGCUGCGUGGUGAGCGCCUCCCGCGCCGGGCAGCCCGAGGCGGGCUCGUGGAGCUGCAGCGGCGUGGUGCUGAGCCGCAGCCCCGGCCUGGUGCUGUGCCACGGGGGCAUCUUCACGCCCUUCCUGCGGGAGGGCAGCGCGGCGCUGGCCGCGGCCGGCAGCGCCGUGCUGCCGGGCGACUGCUGCGGCGACGACCUGCGCCUGCACGUGCAGUGGGGCCCAACGGCCGCCGGCGCCGCGGGCCGCGCCGAGCGGGGCGGCCCGGAGCUGUGCACGCCCCGGUGCGCGCGCCGCGGGCCGGGGCCGGGGCCGGGGCCGGAGCCCGCGCCCGCGCCGCCGCCGCGCCGCCCCCCGCCGCCCGCGCGCCCCGCGCGGCUGCUGCUGCUGCUGAGCUGCCCGGCCUUCCGCGCGCACUUCGCGCGCCUCUUCGGGCCGGACGCGGCCGAGCCGUGGCGCUUCGCGGGCGCGGCGCCCGGCGAGGACGCGGCGCCCGACGAGGAGCGCGACCAGCUGCGCGCGCUCGGCUGGUUCGCGCUGCUGCGCGUGCGGCCCGGGGCGGCGGCGGGCGGCGAGCGCGGCCCGGCGCUGGCCGUGGCGCCGCCGGGGGCCGUGGCCAAGGGCGCGCCGCUGCUGGCCUGCGGCUCCCCGUUCGGCGCCUUCUGCCCCGACCUCUUCCUCAACACGCUCAGCCGCGGCGUGCUCAGCAACGCGGCCGGCCCGCUGCUGCUCACCGACGCGCGCUGCCUGCCCGGCUCCGAGGGCGGCGGCGUCUUCGCCGCGCGGCCGCCCGGCGCGCUCGUGGCGCUCGUGGCCGCGCCGCUGUGCUGGAGGGCGCGCGAGUGGGUGGGCCUGGCGCUGCUCUGCGCCGCCGCCCCGCUGCUGCGCGCCCUGCGCGCCGCGCUGCCCCGGCUGGGCCGCGCCGAGGACGCGGCCGCGCUGGCCGCGCUGCUGCCGCCCGAGCUGGGCACCCCGGCCGGGCCGCCCCCGCGAGCCCCGGAGCCCCCCUGGGCGGCCGCGGCCCUGCUGGUGGAGUGCGGCGCCGUCUGGGGCUCCGGAGUGGCCGUGGCGCCCCGCCUCGUGGUCACCUGCCGGCACGUGACCCCCCGGGCGGGGGCCCGGGUCCUGGUGCACGCCGCCGCCGCCCCCAAGGGUGCCCAGAUCUGGGGGCAGGUGGUGUUUGCCACCCAGGAGACCUCCCCCUAUGACAUCGCCGUGGUGAGCCUGCAGGAGGACCUGGACGGGGUCCCCAUGCCUGUGCCCACGGAGCAUUUCCAUGCAGGUGAACCUGUCAGUGUGGUGGGCUACGGCGUCUUUGGCCAGGCGUGCGGGCCGUCGGUGACCUCGGGCAUCCUGUCGGCUGUGGUCCAGGUGGAUGAGAGCCCAGUGAUGCUGCAGACCACGUGUGCUGUGCACGGAGGCUCCAGCGGGGGACCCCUCUUCUCCACCUCCUCUGGGAACCUUCUGGGCAUCGUCGCCAGCAACACCCGGGAUAACAACACGGGGGCCACGUACCCGCACCUGAACUUCAGCAUCCCCAUCACGGUGCUGCAGCCAGCCCUGAGGCGCUACAGCCAGGAUGGGGACCUGGGCGGCCUGCGGGCGCUGGACCAGGCUGCGGAGCCCGUGAGGGUGGUGUGGAGGCUGCAGCGCCCCCUGGCGGAGGUUCCGCAGAGCAAGCUCUGAGCAGGUCACCCCGCAGAGGAGGGUGAGCACUGAGCAGCGCCACAGGGAGUCCGGCCCGGCCCCGUCGCCCGCUGCAAUCUGGAUCACACGUCUCUUCGGCCCCGUGGAUCUCUGUAGCUGUGGACUCAGCCUACAGGGCUGCUGCUGGCGGGAUCAGGCCCAACCUGGUCCUUGUUCUUGUCCUCUUCAUGGCCAGAAGUAGCUUCUGCUCCAAGACUGCUGGAGGGUACAGGGGAGGGGCCCCACUCUGAAGAUUGGGGGGUGACACACCCUCUUCUGCCAGAGACCCCCAAAGCCAGGUGUCCCUGGCUUGCAGAGAAACUUGACGUUGUGCCUUAAUUUUCCAGUUCACAGAUGGGUCUCAGGGGGUGAAUUCUCUACCUGGGGCUUGGGAAUAAACGACUCAUUGGAGAACACCUA